CCGGGGUCUUUGCCCCCUUGCCGGGCACGGCGCCCCGCGGGGGCGGAUGCGGGGCCGGGGGAAGGAGCGAGCGGGCGGGGGGCGCUCGGCGCCCCCUCCCCGGGGCUGACCCCGGCGCUGGGGGCGAGCGCAGGAGCGGGGGGCGCAGCCCCGGUGGCGGCGGAGGAUGCGGAGGCUCCUGAGCGCUGGGAGAGUGAGGACUCGGUGGGAGCGGGGACCCCCGAGCCGGGGGGCGGCGGGCGGGGCAGCCCCGGGCAGGGCAUCCCGCGGGCCGGACCCUCGGGGGGAAUCCCGGGGCGGGAGGUGCGUGCCCCGGCCCGCGGGCGAGGCCGGGGGCAGGCCCGGGGCGCCGCUCGGCGGGGGCCAGGGAGUGUCCCGGGCGGCCGGGGAGGAGCCGCGCCUGGAGCAGGGCCGGGUCCUCCCCCCCUGUCCCGCUGCCAGCUCCUCCUUGGCAGCUCCCCGCUCCUCGCAGCCCCUCGCCGGCUGCGCCAGCAGCACAUGGUGCCCCCAGAGCCAGCCCGCCGCGUCCCCUCCCGGCCCUGCCCGGCCCUGCCGGGCCUCGUGCCGCUGCCCUGCCCCAAAAUGUCCCUAACCGCGGCUGUCGCUUCCCUCCUGCGCAGACCAGGAGAGCACCGAGGAGAUGUCGGCUGUGAAGCCCGACAAGGGCGAAGGCGACGCCAGCAGCACGAGCAGCGCCGGCGGUGGGGAGGCCCAGGAGUCACAGCCGUCCCCGCUGGCCCUGCUGGCAGCCACCUGCAGCCGCAUCGAGUCUCCCAAUGAGAAUUCCAACAGCUCCCAGGGCCAGCAGGGCGGGAGCGGCGAGCUGGACCUGAACGCGGCCGCCGCCCAGCUCACCCAGUCGGCCAACGGCUGGCAGAUCAUCUCGGCGGGCUCCAGCACCCCCACGGGCUCCAAGGAGCCGGGCAGCAACGGCAGCAACGGCGGCGACGCCUCCAAGAGCCGCCCGGUCAGCACCGGGCCCUACGUGGUCACCUCGGCGUCCGGCCUGCAGAACCAGCAGGUGCUCACGGGCCUGCCCGGCGUCAUCCCCAACAUCCAGUACCAGGUGAUCCCCCAGUUCCAGACCAUCGACGGGCAGCAGCUGCAGUUUGCCACCACCCCGGCGCAGGUGAACGUGCAGCAGGAUGCCUCGGGGCAGCUGCAGAUCAUCCCCGGCUCCAACCAGCAGAUCAUCACCAGCCGUGCGGGCGGCAGCAACCUCAUCGCCAUGCCCAACCUGCUGCAGCAGGCCGUGCCCAUCCAGGGCGUGGGGCUGGCCAACAACAGCCUCUCCGGGCAGACCCAGUACGUGGCCAACGUGCCCGUGGCCCUGAACGGCAACAUCACCCUGCUGCCGGUCAACAGCGUGGCCGCCAGCCUGGCCCCCACCUCCCAGACGGGCACCCUGAGCAGCUCGGGCUCGCCGGACAGCAGCUCCCAGCCGGCCACCUCGGGGGCUGCCAGCAGCUCGGGCAGCACGGCCACGUCCCAGGCCAGCUCAGGCGCCUUCUUCACCAACGCCAACAGCUACUCCACCACCACCACCACCAGUAACGUGGGCGUCAUGAAUUUCUCCACCAGCGCCACGGUGGGCACCAACGUGCAGGCGCAGACCCCCCAGAGGGCCAGCAGUGUCCCCAGCUCGGACUCUCUGCAGACCCCGGUGUCCGGGGUGGCCCUGCAGCCGGGCCAGCAGAAGGAGGGGGAUCAGAGCCAGCAGUCACAGCAGCAGCAGCAGCAGCAGAUCCUGAUCCAGCCACAGCUGGUCCAAGGAGGGCAGACAAUCCAAGCCCUCCAGACCACCCCGCUGUCUGGCCAGACCUUUGCCACUCAAGCCAUCUCCCAGGACACCUUGCAGAACCUGCAGCUCCAAGCCGUGCCCAACUCCGGCCCCAUCAUCAUCCGCACGCCCACGGUGGGUCCCAACGGGCAGGUGAGCUGGCAGACCAUCCAGCUGCAGAACCUGCAGGUGCAGAACCCCCAGGCGCAGACAAUCACGCUGGCCCCCAUGCAGGGCGUGUCGCUGGGCCAGACGGGCAGCACCAGCACCACGCUGACCCCCAUCGCCUCCCUGCCCAGCGGCACCGUCACCGUCAACGCCGCCCAGCUCUCCUCCGUGCCGGGCCUCCAGACUAUUAACCUCAGUGCCUUGGGAGCGUCCGGGAUCCAGGUGCACCAGCUGCAGGGGCUGCCCCUGGCCAUCGCCAACGCCCCCGGUGAGCACGGGGCCCAGCUGGGGCUGCACGGCGGCAGCGGGGACGGGCUGGGCGACGAGAGCGCGGCCGUGGAGGAGGGGGAGACCAGCCCCGACCCCCAGCCCCAGCAGGGCCGGAAAACGCGGAGGGAAGCCUGCACCUGUCCCUACUGCAAGGAAGGAGAGGGCAGGAGCUCUGGGGAUCCAGGGAAGAAGAAGCAGCACAUCUGCCACGUGCCGGGCUGCGGGAAGGUGUACGGGAAGACCUCGCACCUGCGGGCGCACCUGCGGUGGCACACGGGGGAGAGGCCCUUCAUCUGCACCUGGGUGCUGUGCGGGAAGCGCUUCACCCGCUCCGACGAGCUGCAGCGGCACAAGCGCACGCACACAGGAGAGAAGAAGUUCGCCUGCCCGGAGUGCCCCAAACGCUUCAUGCGCAGCGACCACCUCUCCAAGCACAUCAAGACCCACCAGAACAAGAAGGGAGGCGCCGGCAGCGUGGCCAUGAACGUCUCGGCCGUGCCCAUGGACACGGCGGCCGCGGCCGAGGGCAACGGCGGCGCCACGCCCUCGGCGCUCAUCGCCACCAACAUGGUGGCCAUGGAGGCCAUCUGCCCCGAGGGCAUCGCCCGCCUGGCCAGCAGCGGCAUCAACGUCAUGCAGGUGGCCGACCUGCAGUCCAUCAACAUCAGCGGCAACGGCUUCUGAGCGCGGCCCCGCCCGCACCACCCGAAGGCCAGAGCUAUAUAUAUAUAUAUUUUUUAAUUUCGGCUUGUUUUUUUUUUUUUCCCCCUUUUUUUUGUCCGUUUUCCCUCCCCGCCUUUCCUGCCUCCCCACCCGAGGUCCUUUGGCGUCGUCAUGCCUUGGUCCUUUUAGCAAAAAAAACAAAAAAACAACAACGAAAAGAAAAAAAGCAACGACAUGAAAUACCGACAAAACAACGCAAAAAAAAAAAAAAAACAAACACAAAAAAACUAAAAAGAAAAAAAAAAAGAAGAUAAAAGAUUCUAUAUUAUUAUAUAUAUAUAAAAAUAUAAAAUGUGUUCGUUUGAGAGAGGAGAGAUGUUGCUGUGACCAUGGCGUGGUCCCUUUGAUGCCUUAUCCUGGAGCAGGUCGGCCCCUCUGGGGCGCGUCGGACAAUGCCUGAGCUCUCCCUCCCUCCCCAAUCCCAUUCCCAUCAAAUCCCUAAACCCUCCCCGGGCUGUCGGCGCUUUGCUUUGAGGUGACUCUGUAAUUCCUUUGGCAUUCUGGGGGGAGAUCCCGCUGGAUUUUUCACCCUUGGACUCCCACUGCCCUCCCCUGCCUUGGCAGGUGUUGUUUUUAUUUCUUUUUCUUGGAUCUUGUUUUUUUUCCAGCCGUUUUCUUGGCAAGGCUCCCUGUCCCGUGGGAGUGGAGUUGCUCCAUGGGAAGGUCGUGGACAGAGGGGCUGGGAGGCAGCCCUGGGGGGACAACUGGAGCCUCCUCAGGGGGGAAAAGAUGAAUUUUUUUUUUUUCAUUGCAGCCAGCGUUAAAAUUAAUAAUAACAGUAAUAAUGGGGAAAAAGGAGAAUCUGCGGAGCUCAGCCGGUGUGGAGCGAGGGGGCAGCACCGCAGGGACACGAGGGACACUCGAGGGUUUUGCUGUGGCACCUCUGGAGGUGGCUCCUGACAAAAAAAAAGGGUGCUGGAAAUAGGGACAGCUUGGGAAAAAAAAAAACCCAAAAGGGUUUUCCAGGAUCCUGCUCUUCCCGCCGUGGGAGGGCUCGGUCCCUUCCGUUCUUCCUCCCACACCCUCCUCUUCCUGCCCCAGCCACAUCCCGGCCCUGCCUGGGCUCCAGACGGGGCUGGGGGUGCAGGGAGUGGGUCCCCAAUAGGAAACUGGGAUUGUUCCCAGGGAGCAGCUCUGGGGAGAGCCCAGCAGGGCCCUGCAGUGGCCCGGGCUGGGGAGCCCAGGAGGGGCUGGAGCUGACCCCGAACUUCCCUGCUCCCAUUCCGGGGUCGGGGCAGGACCCCCUCUCUCUCUGGGGGGUGCAGAGGGGAUCCCCCCCCGGGAUCACAGCUGAUGCAUGAAUCCCACCUGCCCCGGGCCGAUCCCACCUGUCCCAGGUCUGUCCCGGUCUAUUCCCACCUGUCCUGGGCCUGUCCUGGGCUAUUCCCCCCUGUCCUGGGUCAUUCCUCCCUGUCCCGGUCUAUUCCCCCCCUGUCCCAGGCCUGUCCUGGGCUAUUCCCCCCUGUCCCAGGCCAUUCCCCCGGGACACGGGGCCGUGUCCCCUCCCGGGCUCGUGGCCCCCCACACCCAGUGCUCCCCACCCGGGUCAGCCCCGCUCCUGGUCCUGGCCCUGCUCCCCGUUCUCCCGGGAGAGCCCAGGACAGCCCCGGGAGAGGAGUGGCCCCGGCUGCCCCGUCCUCAUCCCGAGCUCCGGCAGCCGGCAGGAAUCUUGGUUUGAUUUGGGUUCGUUGUUUUUUGGGGUUUUUUUUGUAAAAAACACGCAAAAAAAAAAAAAAGGAAAGGCAGCAGAAGCUCCCCGGGGAGGGGGCGCAGGGCCCGGCCCCCCAGCCCCCCCCGGCUCUCUCUCUCGAUAUCUAUUUUUGCAUUUGUAUAUUUUUAUAUAGGAAACUUUAAGCAUUUGUAUUUUAAUAACCCUGUGAAGCACUAUGAGCUGCCCCCGACCCCCCCAGCCCAAAAUCCACAAAGGA